AUGAACAAUAAUCGUCAAUACAACAAGACAGAAGACUGGAAAAAUUUUUAGUGACCGCUAUAGGGUUUUGAAGUUUUAGUGGCCACUUAAGGGGUUAAAAAUUAGUGGCCACUAUAGAGGUCAAUAGAUCAACAUAACUGGUCCAAUUGUUUGUUUUAAAAUUAUCAGAGUUACUAGAAGGAAUACUGGAUGAAAAACUACUUAAGUGGCCACUAAAUGGAGAACCUUUAUAGUGGCCACUUAAACGGAAAAUAGUGGCCACUAUAGAGGUGUGUUUAGUGGCCACUUUAGUCCUAUAUAGAGGCUCGCCAAGGACUUGGAGAGGAAACUAACGUGGCCACUAAAAAUUUUCCAAGGAUAGAUUCGAAAAUCCAAUUCAAAAUUCUGACGAUCAGAAUUCGAAAGAACUCAAAGAAGAAGUUUUCUGUGCAUAUUUUUCAUUUUCAGGAACCAAUCCAGAAGAAGCGACGAGUACAACAGAAACGACAAUCGGACCCCUCAUCGACCUCAUCAACAGCACCAUCAUCACCAUCAACAUCGUCAGGAUCAACGGUACGCGCCGCCGCCGCCGCCACCACCACCACCUCAACCACUCUUCUAUGCGUCCUUCGAAGGGCUCCCGCCACCUCCUCCUCCGCCUCCCCUUUUUCCGGACCGUCAGGGACCUUCAGACGUCCCGAUGCAUGUCCAGUUCAUCACCAAUCACUAUCGGGAACGCGCUGGCGCGAGACAGCAGACCAACCGAGGUUUCUGGCUUGGAAUGACAGAGAAGCGCAAGAUUUGCGGAAAACAUGUUCAAAAAUUUAAUUUUGUUCGUUUAGAACAGUAUUUCCUUACGAUUUCGAAGCAUUUUUCCUUCAUUUUUGCUUUAUUAAAGCUCAUAAAAGAUUUUCGAAAAGUCUUUUCUAAGAAAUUUCGAACUUGUAGUUAGGAACUCGAGAGUGGUCCCUAUAGGGACAAUCUUAGCGACCCUUGGAGGAUUUCCCCUAAAACCAGUUUAAAAAACCCUACAGGGGCCUUUGAAGCUUGCAAAAGUGGUCCCUAUAGGCGUUUUAGUUAGUGGCCCCUGUAGGGGCAUGCAGAAUGUACUCUAUGCUAAGAAGCAUUUCCAUGCGAAAAAUUAAAUAAAUACGCGUUUUUAAAUGAAAUCGAAAGAACCCUAUAGGUAUCACUCAAGCUUUAGGGGCUAAGUGGUCAAAACCCUUAUAGGGAAUUCCUUGAUUUUACUCCUAUAGGAUCAAUUUUUUAGCCCCCAUAGUAGCUGUUUUUUCCCGGUAACCCAUAUAGGGUCCAUUCUGGAAUUCCUAAGUAGACUAAGCUGGUUGAUUCCUUUGCUGAAAUUGAAGUUUUUUUUCUGUAAAAAUUUUUUUAAUUUUUCCCACCAAAAAAAUUUUUUUAUAGGCGACGCCUACAGUGCCCCAAGACCACAUAGACAAGACGAUCGAGGAGGGAAUCGAAAUGAAAAAAAUCGAGAAGAUCCGCUCCAACAGAACAGAGGUGGAAUGA